GCUUGGAGUCACCGCUGGUACCGGUGUGGGUAGCGAGGACUCACAGAAAUACCACAUGCCGCUUUCUAACCGAAAUGCCUACAGAAAAUAUGUAGUGUAAGGGAUUUUCUUCCACCUUUUGCCUCCAGAACUUCAAAGACGUGUCAUGCAGCCAGGUAUUUUGUAAUCUGUGUUUUGGCGUCACGUAGUACCACUGCAAAAUUAGAGAAAUUCAUUGGUUGUUGGGAAUUCUCGCGAGUGAAAAUGUUAGGUAAAUCCCUACCUGGAACCUGCACUGCAUGGAAGUGAUGCAACAUUAAUAUUCUGUGUGUGAGAGUACUCCAUUCAGAUAUAAACGUGCGCACAUACGCACACGGAUACACUCACACACACUCACUCAAUCUCACUCACUCACUCACUCACCCACUCACUCUCAUUCACUCACUCACUCAAUUACCCACUCACUCACACACACACACAUACACUCACAGUCACACUUACUCACACACACACUCACACACACGCACCACACAAAAUACACCUGCAUUCACACAGCGGAUCUAUGGGUACUUGAUUCCUUAUACGUGCUUAGGAUGUGACUGAAGUAAUUCACUAUAUCCUUGUUUUAUUCAUUGAAGCACAGAACAACUCAUGCCUUACAAUGGAGUUUCAUUUAUUUUUUGUUUUAUAAAGUCUACAAUAAUUAUCUCACUUCCCUCCCUAUUCAAAAUCCGAAAAUAUUGGCACGAAAAUCCGCCUCGUGGAAGAGAACAUGAACAGUGAACAGUGAACAUCGUAGCCUCAUAUCCUACGCCGCCACUCCGCUGUUCAUUUCAUCUCUGGCAGUCACAAGACACUGACACAAGAUCCGAGAGCGACCAUGGAACGAGCAUAUCGUGCAUUGACCUUCGCGACGGCCCUGGUUACGGUGGCCGCUCUCAUCUGGUUCGCCUAUUACCCUCCUCCGUUUCCUGUCCUCUGUCCGGAUAAAAAGGGAGGACCAGAUCCUGUGACAGGAACGAGGUCCUUUUUCCCCAGUCUGUCGCAGGAGUGUUUUGCUUACAACGCCACCAGUGCGGAAAAUAUUUGCUGUCGCAUGAAGAAGUAUAUUUCAGUGGACGACAUUCGGCGCUGUAUACUUGGUGUGACGGGCAUCCCCGAAAUAUCCAUAUUAACCGAACGGACGCAAAAGAACAAGAAAAAACUGAAUGGGAUGUUCACGAAGAGCGGUCAUUCUUCCAGCCUUCAGAAUAACACCGUAAAUUGGGCUUUCAUCGGAGACUCCCAUUCACGCUAUUUGGUCUGCGCAAUUCUGAGUCUCAUGAAAGGCCCCGAAUUUCAGUGUCGGAUUCCAGAGUUCCAGGGGGAGUGGAGAAACAUCGAUUACUUUCUGGACAAGCUGCCAAGGUGUCGCUAUAAGGGCGAAUUUAUAAUGAUUCGUCACGUCCACGCACCCUUCACGUUAACGUACUACAUAGACGAAUAUUUGACGAAGUUGCCGAAGCUGGUGCAGCUGUGGGAGGCGGAAGAGCGACCAAAGCCCACAUUCGUUGUAAUGAACACAGGAAACCACUGGAUGCGGUAUUUAGAAUCCACCUACCUGGAGAAGGGCGUGGAAACAGCUGGGGAAAUAUUCGAAAAACACCUGCAAAGUAUCGCACCUGUAAUUACUCGUCUCGCUCGCACAACACCUGUUAUCUUCAAAAUGCAAGAUGAUCUCCAGGUGGCUUAUAUCGAGGACCCAAAAGUGAAAUCCUUCACCGUCGACAACAUCCGCCAUUACAACGCCCUCUAUAAACAAACCCUGAAGAAUACCGGCGUCGUGUUUUGGGACAGCACGUUGCCUCUCUCCCGCGCAUACAACCAAGAAUGCCUCAGGAACCCAAGACACUUCAGGGACACGCUGUGGUGGAUGUGCAAGGAUGUGGUGCAUGUGGGGUAUAUUCUGGUGCGCCAGUAUGCGGAUAUGGUUCUCAAUGCUGCUUGUGGUCGAAGUAUGAGCGACUGCAGCUGAAACCGUCUCUUGCCUGACGUUUUCUACAGCCAGUAACCAUUUAUUAUCCUCUUACUUUA